AUGGCAUACCACCGCGCCCUCCCACUCGUCAAUGACCGUCUGGGGUUAAUAGUCAUGACAUCGAUAUUCUUCUUGACAGGGAUAUUCGCAGUAGUGCUUCGCUUCUACUCCAGACGACUCACUAAAAUACCCCCGGGCCCUGAUGACUGGUUCGCACUGUCUUCUCUUUUCUUCGUCCUCGCCUUGAACGGCAUCUUCCUCUCGGGCAUAAUACAAGGCGCAAUAACCGGUCACUCUAUAGUUCUAAACAACUGGCCUCAACCCAGCGCGCUCGAAGUCCUAGUCCAGAAAUAUAAAUAUGCUUUCCAGACAACAGAAAAAAUCGCCUUUGGACUAAUCAAACUCUCCAUCUUGUUGCUUUGGAAGCGAAUGUUAAGUCCUAUCCGCUCGUUCCAGCUCUUUUGCUGGUUUAUGAUUGGGAUUGUCGCUGCCUGGAGUAUAUCGUUCUUCUUUGCAACCUUGUUUCAAUGCGGAACGAACUGGGACUGGAACUGGGCACCGAUCAAAUUCUUCUUGACCGAAUGUACUGAUACGCUAAACAUGCUGACGGUAUUCUGUGGGACGGACUUGCUGACGGAUUUUGUGAUUAUGUUUAUGCCUGUGCCGAUCAUCUGGAAGUUGCAAAUGUCGAUUAAGAAGAAGAUCGGGGUUACCAGCGUUUUUAUGGUCGGAAUAUUCACGAUCGGCGCAGGCGUUGCGAGGACAUACAUCUAUCUUGUGACAUCUUAUGACAAGGAAGAUAACCCUGAUUUCAUUGCCGAUUUUACACUUUUUAUUCUGUGGUCAGAGAUCGAGGUCAAUGUGGCUAUGAUUGUUUGCUGUAUGCCAGUCUUUGGGCCUGUCCUUGGACAAUGCCGCGAUACUCUAUAUCGUCGUUUUGGUCGGUCAAAGGAUGGCGAGUUUGGCCUCCUUGGACAUUCUACAUCGGCAUCAACGAAUGACGGGAAAACACCUCUCACAAAUUUCAGUGCGAGUGGAUCCUAUGCACAUCGUGACCAAGGGUCUUACGAAGCAAAACCGGAGGGCCCGUGA